GCAAUGGUGGAUGGAGCCACACUUUCGCCGACGAAAAUGAACAGCAGAGUCGCGGCGAGAGGCGCCACGAUAUAUUCCGCAAUUGGGAAGAAAGGGGAGGAAGUGAGUACUCGGAUGAGGACUAUUUGGAUAGUGAACAAGAUGAAGGUAGUGAUAGUGACAGUAGACAUGGUGGCUACAGCUUUCCUUAUUGGUAG